UCCUCCAGUGCGCACUAGUGAGGGAAGGGAGUGACACAGACACAAUGGGAGGACAGAAACAGCAUCGAUAACAGCGCUCUAAAGCUGUGCCUUUAAAGCAGCUUGCUGCUGAACUGCUGUCUGAAGUGCACUGUGAUUGAUGCAUCUGAAUCUGCUGCAGGGCAUUAGUAGAGUAUUGUCUCAAGAUUUCACAUCUGUCCUUCCAAUGGAUUUCCCAUUCGACAUGAACGCGCUCUUCCCCGAGAGAAUUACAGUGCUGGAUAACAGCUUGAGUGCAGGUCGGAGAGCGCAUGGGAGACCAGAUCCUCUUCUUCAGAUCAGCACAGUUAUAGACGAGCUGGGCAAAGCUUCCGCUAAGGCCCAGCAGCUGCCUGCUCCUAUAACCAGUGCUGCGAAGCUCCAGGCCACCAGACACCAUCUCUACCUCCUGAAAGAUGGAGAACAGAACGGCGGGAGGGGUGUUAUUGUUGGAUUUCUGAAGGUUGGCUACAAGAAGCUGUUUUUACUUGACCAACGGGGGGCGCAUUUGGAGACCGAGCCAUUGUGUGUGCUGGAUUUCUAUGUGACAGAGACUCUGCAGAGACAUGGCUACGGGCUCCAGCUCUUUGACUGCAUGCUGAAACACAAACGGGUGGAGCCUGAACUGAUGGCGUACGAUAGACCUUCUCCUAAAUUCCUGUCAUUUCUAGAAAAGCACUAUGAUCUCAAGAACAGCGUGCCUCAGGUGAAUAACUUUGUGGUGUUCAGUGGAUUCUUCCCGAGUAGAUCAGCGGUCCAAUUGAAAAAAGUUCCCCCAAAAAAGCCAGAGGGAGAGAUCAAACCCUAUUCACUAAUGGAAAGAGAAGUGGUUCGGGAGGAGCAGAGGGCUCUCCCCUGGCCGUUCGUUCGCCCCGCGGGUCACUCCCACUCUCCCCCUCUGCCUCCGUCAUCUCCACAAUCCCGUUCUCUCAGUGUGGGAUCCUCCCCCAGCCGGGCCCUGCUCCGGCCCGCCGCGGCCCCCGGGAGCCCCUCCCACCAGCUCAAUGACAGCUGCAGGGCAAAACGCACUAGCCAUCAGGUUCUAGUUGCCAGCAGCAACCUCUACAGUCACCAUAUCAACAGCCGAGACCUCGGGCAAUUAUUGGCGGAAGAGCAGAACCCCUUGAGGCUUCCAGACCACACCCUCAAGGUCAGGUUGUGUCCCUUCCGACACUUACUGCCCCCAAGAAAUAUCAUGUACAGGAGCAGGCCUCCAUAACAGCCCUGGAACCCAAAGAAGAGCUGCAGACCGCUGGGGGUCCGACAGAAACAAGAGUGUCGCACACGGUCCUGGUGACAGAAGAUGUUAAAGGGGUCAUUGGAUGCCCAUUUUCCACAAGUUGAUGUGAUUCUAUAGAAUCUUAAUGAAAAGUCUGAAACAUAGUUUGGUUAAAAAUUCUCAAUGUUAUUGUAAAAAACACUUUUUUUUACCCUGUCAGUCAAAACCAAGCUCUUUUCAGAGCAAGCCGUUUUGUAGCAUUUUCCUUUAAAUGUUAAUGAGCUCUGCUGACCCCGCCCCUCUCUUCCGAGUCGCUCUCAGAGGGAGUGUUUACUUUACCCGCAUUCAUCGUGAAACUUGCUAAUUAGCACAUUAUUAGUAAAGACGAUUUGCAAAGAUGAAUUAAAAACCUUAUACUAAAUUUUUCUGUUGGUGAAGCGAGACCACAAAUUAUUUGCGCAAAGAUAAACGCAUUAAGGUAGAGCGCAUUCUCUUCAAAAACAAAUGUAAUCCACUGCCUCUUCAGCGGCUCAGAUUUCGGGAGUAAAUGAUGACUCCUAUGUUCAUUAUUACAACCAACAACAAAACAUCUCAAUCACUUAAGAGUCAUUCUUGUCUAUAUCUGCUCCGGUGGUGUAACAGUGGCAGACUGAUGACCGCUCACUCAGGGCGGGUCUAAUGACACGUUCCAGGCAACCUGUUUGCUUUUUUUGAAAGUGCACUGGAACAGCAGUCAAGCCUGUGACUUCCC